AUGAAACAGCCAAACCACCCUGUAAUCCCGCUCCAAGCCAUUAAAAAUUGUACCCAAAACUUCAACGAAGGAAAUUUCAUUGGGAAGGGAGGUUACGGAAGUGUCUACAUGGGAACCCUCUCCUGGGGGGAUCAUGUAAACCAGAAAGUUGCUGUAAAACGGCUAGAUGUCAAAGGACUUCAAGGUAGUAAGGAGUUCCUCACCGAGCUCACAAUGCUUUCACAGUAUCAGCACGAGAACAUCAUAACCCUUGUUGGGUUUUGUGACGAUAACAAGGAGAUGAUCCUUGUUUAUGAAUAUGCAAGCAAUGGAAGCCUUGACAAAUAUUUACGUAACCCUUCAACCGGACUCUCAUGGCCACAACUCCUGAAAAUAUGCAUUGAUGUUGCUUCUGCAUUGGAUUAUCUUCAUAAUCGUGUGGCAGAAAAGCAUAGAAUAAUACAUCGUGAUAUUAAAAGCGCGAAUAUUUUGCUGGAUGAGCAGUGGAAUGCAAAACUUGCGGAUUUUGGAUUGGCUACGAUAGGACUAGCAAAUCAACAAAACACCUCUGUGAUCACUAACCCUGCUGGCACACUCGGUUAUUAUGACCCACAAUACGAAAGAACGGGUUUAUUAACUAAAGAGUCAGAUGUAUACUCAUUUGGCGUGGUUUUGUUUGAAGUUUUGUGUGGAAGGCUGGCGUGUGUUGUAAGUUACAAUGAUGAGCGCCGAUUCCUCCAUCAUUUGGCGAGAACCUACUAUAAAAAUGGAGAGCUAAACAAGAUUAUUGAUCCAAGAAUAAGAGAAGACAUCAAACCAAGAACGUUGCUCAAGUUUUCUGGUGUUGCUUAUCAAUGUUUGCAAGAAACUCGGGAUGAACGACCUACAAUUGUUGAGGUUCUGUUUCAACUAAAGGAUGCCAUGAAAAUUCAAUGGCGGACCUGUGUAGAUCAUUUGCGUUCCCGUGCCACUACUCCAAUUCCGCCCCGUAGUGUAAAAAAACAUUCUAUUAGGUACACCACCUUUGUAUACGACUGA